CAAUUGUACAAUUUAUAUUUUAUAAUAUUUAUAGUACGUCUUCUACCAAUAAUUAAUACUUUAAUUUGAAUACUUCGGACAUCCAUCCUCGACUUAAGAGUUAAGAUAUAAAUCGUGGUUGAGUGGUUCACAAUUUUGUAAUAAUGGAAGUACUUAUCUUUUAAAAUAUAAAUUACAUUUUUAAUAAUUAUAGUUUUUAGAAACUGUCAUCAUUGAUUAUUUAUUUUCUUUAUCUAUGUCUAUGUUUCAUACUAAAUGACUGACAUUUUUAAAGAUUUGAGCGAUAUUUGGGAUAGGCUGUUUAGUCACCGUCCAUUUUUGCAAGGAGAAAUUAAGUAUUUUUUAUCAGAAUUUGAUAAAAAAUCAUAUAGAGCUGACGAAGAAAAUCUAAAAAAAAUCAGUGAACUCGUUAGUGAUUUAAAAGAAAAGAAAAUUGAAAGAUUUUUGCAAUCAAGUGGUGAAAAUUUAUUUUUAUUGAAUUCUGCCAUUAGUGAAGCUUUGAAUUUGAGUCAAGCAAUUUUGGAUCAAGAAAAUAACAUAAUUUCAGAAGAAGACUUGAAAACUAAAGAAGAAUUUCAUGAAAGACGUCAAAGAGAAUUGGAAACAUUUAAGUCUGAUUUGAAAACUAGAUAUGAAAGCAUAGAUAAAGAUAUUGAAGAUAAGGUAGAAGCAAUUAAAAUACAUUUUGAAGAAGACAUAAAUAAACUUAUUGCUGACAAUCAGUAA